AUGAUGUCUUUCUGGAUGUAUCAAAUACAGCACCAACAAUUUAUGACACCAGAACUAGAUCUACGUUGACGUCACUUCCAAUGGUAGUGGCCGUUUGGUAUAAAGACUAACCGAGCGGCAGGUGCUCACUCACAUAGCCACCGUUUCUUGUGACUAACAGCACCAGUGACAAACAGUCGGAAGUAAAUAAUAAUGCCAGAAAAUACCUUACCAGCUUGCCUGAACGCAUCCGCCGAUGCACCGGACUGGCUAAACGAAGUUUACGUGGAGCAAAUGCUGCGCUGCGCGUUUAAGGACGCAUCAAUCAAAGUGCGCAAGCUGGAUGUAUACUAUGCCGUGCCGAAAGGGAACAACUAUGCUAGCAUCAUAUUUCGCAUCGGUGUUACGUACCACUCCCAGCUACAGUACGAAAUAGCACGCACCUUCAUUGUCAAAGGUAUGAUUACGGAGGGAAUUGCGGGCGAGAAACUGCGCCAGUACGACGUGCAGCGUAAGGAGAUGGACGUGUACCAAUUUGUGAUUCCCGAGCUGAAGCUCCUGAUGAAAUCGAUCGGCGAGCCGGGCGAGCUUUAUCCUACCGCGCUGAUAGUGGAUCGCAAGCGUGAGGUGAUCGUGUUUAAGGAUCUGACCCCGGAAGGCUACCGGAUGGUGGACCGGACGCAGGGCAUGGACAUAGUGCACAUGAAAAUGGCUAUCAAGCUGAUGGCCAAAAUGCAUGCCAGCUCGCUGAAGAUGCGCGAGCAGCAGCCCAACAUAUUUGUGCCGUACAACACGUGCAUCGUGACGCGCGAAACAGACGCUUUCUAUCCGAUGUUUGUGCACAUCUUUAACGCACUGACGGAUGAGGUUGGCAAAUGGGGAUCGGAAUGGAAGUACUAUCAUGAGAAGCUGCAGCAGCUGGCACCGAACUUUGUCGAGUACUCACAGCGCGUGGUUGACAACGAUCCGGCCAGCGAUGAUUUGUGCGUGUUUGUGCAGGGUGACAUGUGGGUGAACAAUUUCCUGUACAAGUAUGAUGGACAGGGCAAUCCGAUCGAUGCGGUUCUGCUGGAUUUUCAGUACUGCACGUACGGCACACCGAUGAUCGAUUUCUGCUACCUUUACUACACCUCGGCUAGGGAUGACAUCAGGCAGAACUGUUUCGAUGAGCUGCUCCAGUACUACUACUAUCAGCUGGUGGACUACGCACGACGGUUGCACUAUCGGGCGCGGUUGCCAACACUCUAUCAGUUUCUGCAGCAAACACAACGGAAAAUGUUCUACGCUGUGUACUCCACCUUCAUUGCAUUACCGGUACAGAUGAAUGACAAUACGGCUGAUGCCGAUUUCGAAGCAUUGAUGUGCAACGACGAGCGGGCACGGAACUUUAAGCGCAUGGUUGUGGCGAACGAGAAAUACCAAACUAUCCUGCGCGGUUUGCUGCCACAGUUCGAUCGCAAGGGUCUUUUGGACAAAUUGGACUUACGAGACAGCAGCAAGAUCAAAGAAAUAACGCUCGUUGACUUCCAGAUGUGCAUGUGGGGCUCCCCGGUAAUUGACCUUCACUAUUUCAUCUUUUCCUCGGUGCGCGCCAACCUGAAACUGCGCGAGCUAGACCACUUGAUCUGUUACUAUUACGAGCAGUUAACCGAGAACUUGACCCUGCUCCAGUACGGCGGUGCGCGUCCCUCACUCCAAGACCUACACUCGGAUUUCACCGAGCGGCAGCUGUACGGACUCAGUACGGCCUUUUCCGUGUUUCCCAUCUGCGUGAUGGAGAAGACGGAGAAUGCCUCGAUCGAUCUGAUGCUCGACCAGGGCGACGCCGGAACCGCGUUCAAGCAGAAGAUGUACAACGGACCGGCGUACGUCGAGCAGAUGGCUCCGAUCCUGGAGUACUUCUACAACUCCGGCGCAUUCGACAUCAACCAGCUGGGCAGCCAGCGUCCGGCCGAGAUCGAGUGCGAUCACGCACUCCACCUGCCGCUGUGGCUGGAUCGACGAUUUUUCGACGACGUAGUAGCGGCUAAGCUUGGACCGUGCCCGGCCGGCGAGCGACGACACAUCCGUAACGUACGCGUGGCACUUGCGACCAGCAAGGGCGAUAACUACGCAUCGAUGCUGUACCGCGCCAAGGUCGACGUACUUACCCAAGGCACUGGGGUGGUGGAGAGCUUCUCGACGAUUGUAAAAGCACCGCCGAAGGGUGUGCUGGCGGAACAUACGGCGUACCUAGCCUUCUCGACUCGCGAGAUACAGAUGUACCGGGAGUUGUUGCCUGCGUUCGAGCGACUGUACCACGAUAAGGGCGAGACCGUACGCUUCAGCCCACGUUGCUUGAAGGUGUGCGAAGCCAUUCCGGCGGACGUGAUGGUGCUAGAGGAUCUGGCACACAACGGCAACUACCGCAUGGCGGACCGUCGUGCGGGGUUGGAUCAGCACCAUACCGAGCUGGUGCUAGAACAGCUGGCCAAACUGCACGCCAGCUCGGCGGUGUUUGUCGAGCAAGGUAACACCCUUUCGGGCGACUUCAGCGGGCCGAAGGUGAUUGAAAGUCUCAAAACGAUGGGCAAGGAACUGUUCCAACCCAUGCUGGACAGUUUGGUCGAGUUUAUGGCGGACUGGGACUUUUUGACGCCCGACCACUACACCGAUCUGAAGGCAGCGGCAAAGGACGCGUUCGAUCAGCUGGCCACCAUUAUCACCCCACGGGAGGAUCGUUUCAAUGUGCUAAAUCACGGCGAUCUGUGGGUGAACAAUGUGAUGUUUAGCUACGCAUCCGGUGCCACAGACGCACCGACGGCCACCGGCGUUACGCUGCUCGACUUUCAAAUGUGCUGCUGGGCCUCGCCGAUGGUCGAUUUGCACAGCUUCCUGUUCUCCUCCGUUCGGGCGGACCUGAAGCUUACCCAUCUGAACUACUUCCUGCGCUACUAUCAGGAAAAGUUGGCGGACAGUCUGGUGCUGCUCGGGUACCGGAAGCGCAUCCCAACGCUGCAGCAGCUGCUGGUCGACUUUAACGAUCUGCUAAUGUGUGGUUUGGUGAGCGCCCUGUUGGCACUGCCGUUCGCGCUCGUUCCGAACGUGGAAGAUGCUUCGCUGGACGCUGUUGUUGAAGGCUCGACCGAGGCUGGACAACGCUUCCAGAAGCAGAUGUUUGACAAUGAGGAGCUGAAAACGCAACUGAAGGUCUUGCUGCCUUACUUCCGCAACCGGGGAGUGCCACGUAAAGGCAGUUUGUAAAUUAGAAAUCUGUAGAGAGUAGAGGAAGCAAUGUAAACACAAGGAGUAAAUAAACCAAUGUCUAUUACAUAG